UGUAAGCUUUAAAGGACUGAUUUCCGACAGCUCCCUUUAUCAGACUGAGGUGUCGGAAUGCACCGUCAUUCUUCACAUUACUGGCGCGUCAAACUUUGAAGUAGAAAAAGAGCUCGAGGCUCCUAAGAGAGCAGGCCUAUACAGACAACGACAAACGAGACAGAGGAGCAGCUAAAACAUCAGGAAACAUGAAAUCGAUUGACAUUCUUCUAGUCGGCCUUCUCUUGCUCUUCAGCGUUCAGCUCAUGAGCGCGUUCCCGCUGCAAAACACAGCCUUAAUCACCGAGGACAGGGAUGUCUUAAAGCUUCUUCUACAGCGACUGGAGGAGUCCAUUCCCGCUUCUUCUCAAGAACAAACACUGAUGAGAGUGGAAGAAGAGGAGGAUAAUCCUGAACAAACGCGCUUUGAACCUCAACCCAAGACUGACACGAGCGACUAUCUGUCUGCUCGGGACUUGAGGACAGUCCGGCGAGACUCCAAGAGAUAUUCCGGGUGUUUCGGGCGCAAACUGGACAGAAUCGGCUCCAUGUCGUCCCUGGGCUGCAGCACCGCCGGACGCUCAGGUUCUAAGUGGUGAAGUUUUCAUGCUUAGGAGCUUCUACAAAAAAAAAAAUAAAAAAAAAAAUAAAGUUUAACUUAUUAAUUGC